GGCGCGGUGUCCAGGCCGACGGCCGCAGCCCCGCGCCGCGCCGCUCUAGUCGCCGGUUCUCGGAGGCAGGCGGGGCAGGGCCGGCCGCCGCGAAGAGAGCCUCGCCUCGGAGCGCGCAGCCGGCCGGCCGGGUCAUGGCGCGGCUCCCGAAGCUGGCGGUCUUCGAUCUCGAUUACACGCUCUGGCCGUUCUGGGUGGACACGCACGUAGACCCCCCGUUCCACAGGAGCAGCGACGGGGCCGUCCGGGAUAGGCGGGGCCAGGCCGUCCGGCUGUACCCAGAGGUGCCUGACGUCCUGCAGCAGUUGCAGGACCUUGACGUGCCCGUCGCGGCCGCUUCACGGACGGGGGAGAUCGAAGGGGCCAACCAGCUACUGGAGCUCUUUGGCCUUGACAGAUAUUUUGUUCAUCGGGAAAUCUACCCAGGCAGCAAGGUCACUCACUUUGAGAGGUUGCAGCAGAAGACUGGAGUUGGUUUCUCCCAGAUGAUCUUCUUUGAUGACGAGAAGCGGAAUAUCGUAGACGUCAGCAAACUAGGAGUUACCUGCAUUCAUGUCCAGAAUGGAAUGAAUCUUCAAACCCUAACUCAAGGACUAGAGACAUUUGCAAAGGCCCAAGCUGGGCCCUGAGAUCCAGGCCUGUGGAUGAGCCUCAUUUGAGCAUAAAACUGAAAGGAAAUCAGGAAGGCAUUUUCAGGGAAGAAGGAGAAGGGACCAACCCCUGAGGAGGCAAUACAGAAACUGAAGGAGACAGAGAAGAUAUUGAUAAAGAAACAGGAGUUUCUGGAGCAGAAGAUUCAACAGGAGUUACAAAUGGCCAAGAAGCAUGGGAUCAAAAAUAAGAGAGGGACAUUGACAAGGUGGAUGAACUGAUGGCUGACAUUACAGAACAACAAGAGGUGGCCCAGCAGAUUUCAGAUGCCAUUUCUCGGCCUGUGGGCUUUGGAGAUGUUGUAGAUGAG